AUGAGUGAACCCUCUUCCAAGAAAAGACGUAUAAACGAAACUCAGUGUGGCGCAUUUAGCUCGCCUUCCAGGUCUGAGGCCCUCAAAUCAACUUGUGCCAUCAUGUAA